AUGGAUGAGGAUUUGAAUUUGGACGAAAUCACUUCAACGAAAUCAACAAAUUCAACAACGUAAUUUUUUAAAAAUUUUUAAAGUUUCAAAUUUUAAAAAAAAAUUUUCCAAUUUUAAAAUUUCAAAAUAUUAGGCUAAUUCCAACUUUUUAGAGCAAUGCCAAUGCUGCCAAACCUUAUCUUUAAAAAUGAAACGGUAAAAGAGUUGAGACGAUUGCUUGAAAGUGAUAGCUUUAGAAACUUGUAUCCCGGAGAUUCCAAAGCUAACGAUGCCAAAAUGGUUCAUUUCGAAAUUCAAAACGAAACUGUUGUACGAACCGACAUAUCAUCGCUUAAGACGAUGGCGAAGGAAAGGUAGGUUUAAAUUGUUUGGCAUACCUUAUCCUACAGUAGCCUAUCUUACUUUAGCAUACCAUACUGUGCAUUAACUUGCUUUACCCUACCCUACCUUACUCUACCCUACCCUGCCCUAGCCUACCCUACCCCAUCCUACCAUACCCUAGCCUACCCUACCCUUACCUACCUUACUCUACCAUAAUUUAAUUGUUUAAGUUCAGAGUUCUAUAUAUUAAGUUUGCGAAUGAUAUCGACUACGAAAACGUUUUAUGGACGUCCAGUUUUAAGAAAAGGGCUUAUUUAGUUGGACAUAACUCGACUGAUAAAACGUAAGUUCAAAAUUUUUUAAAAUCCAAAAAAAAUUUUUUAAUUUUUUAAAAUUUCAAAAAAAAAUUUUUGAUAUCCUAAAAAUUUUUUAAAUUUCAAAUUUUUUAAAAACCAAAAAAAUUUCAGUACCAGCAUCCAGCCGAUCAGGGACAAGAAGAUGGUACCAUUUGAACCACGCGACUCGGCUGACAACAUUUAUAUCCUAAUCAACAGGAAACUGUUCCUACUAACCAACUUUCAACGUCUGAUUACGGUAACCAAUACCAGCGUCUUCAACACCUCAUUCGACCUACGAUACACGGUAGUGGGUAUGAGUGGGGACGCCAAAGACUAUAGGUAUACAAGUCGACCGGACUUGCAACGAGACCUGCUUUAUGCUACGCAUAAGGACGCGUGCUUCGUUGGCGCGCCAUCCGGUGGGGUAGCACUAAUGAAGAGGUGUACUAAAAAUGACAUUGAAUUGAAGUAUGAUGGGUGGCAUGAGACACAUUACUAUAGUUUGGUGGGUUUUUUGAUAAGAAAUAGCAAGAACAUUCUUUACAGAACAAAAAAUAGCAAGGACUUUCUUUACAGAACAAGAAAUGGCAAGGACUUUAUUUACAAACCUAAAAAUAGCAAAAACUUUGUUUACAAACAUUUUUUGAAACUUUUUUAAUUUCAGGAACACUUAAUCGCACUUAGUAAUCAGGAAACCGCCUUGAACCCAACUUUCACUCGAAAUACCUAUGUCAAGUUAGUAGAUAGCAAUGCUAAACUGUGGUAAGCAUUACCAUAACAUUGGUAAACCUUAACCUACCCCACCCUACAUCUCCUUAUCCUAACAUCAGCAACUAUAUUGAUGUCUUAUCAUAACAGUUAAAUUUCAGGUUCAUUAUUAUGUCCUUCUUUGGUGGUGUCUUAUCCCUAAUAAUAGUCGGAGUCCUCGUGCCAGCAUGCUAUUAUGUGUUCACCAAUAAAGAAAAGCACAGAAAAUAUUUGUACAAACAUACGAAGCGCUUGUAA